AGUGGGAUUAUCUAAUUUCAUAUAGAAAAAAAAGAAGAAGAAAAAACUUGUUGAACGAACCUGGAGAGAAGAAGAUUGAUUGUGGUGGCGGGGUGCAGCAAAAGGAUGAAAAUUGGGGGUUUAGGGUUGUUGGUAGUAAAUUGAAUUAGUCGAAAAAACAUUUUACAAGAUGGGAAGCGUGGUGAAGGCGUAUUGUCAGUACAAGAUGCCCUCCUCCUCCUCCUCCUUUCACCAUUAUUACAGACCUUCCAACCCUAUUUCUCUCUUCGCCAUCACUUCUCCAUCCAUUUCACCCUCAGACCCUUCUUCUCCUAGUAAUAGUAAUGGUUUCAAAAUCCAAUUCGGUGGCCACUUGAUCGUUCCCGCCGUGGCAGUCGCAGCUUCCGCCUGGUUCUUCCUUCGCCUCCACCGAUACCCUCCAAUCAUCACCGCUCCAGUUGAUCUAGAACUGGAGGAAGAAGGUGCGGUCAAAGAGCUACCUUUGAAGCACAAGCCCGGGGGUCAUGUCAAAGCUCUCCACUUUUACAAAACCAAGCCAGGUACUGUCUUCAAACUGAUUCAAGUCUACUCCUCUGAUGGUAACUACGAAUCCCUGAAAGCACGGAUUCGCCUGUCGGCCGAGUGGCUAGAAAGGGCGAGGAGAGAGUUGGAGGAGGUGGUGGAGAGAGACCCGGGUCGGGUCAUGGAGUAUUCUCAGGUGGUUGACGAGCUGAUGGAUCUCCUGAGGGAUAUGGAGGUCUAUGUGGAUCAAUGCGAGAAGGACAAGGUUAAGGGUUACCUUACCUCUUGCAAUCGGUUGCUUGCCCGUGUCAGGAAAAUGGAAGCUCGGAUUCUCAAUGCCCUCAAACACUUUCACGAUGAUGAUGAUGAUGAUGAUGAUGAACCAGGAGGACACAACUAGCAUUUGGACCCUCUCUCACUCUUGUCACUUGUCAUUUCGCAUUUUUAUUUUAAAAAGUUUCAUGAGAGUAUUAUGCUUUGCUUCUAUGAAUGGAACUAUGAUGCUUCAUUAGCUCUGUAGGAUGAUAAACAAGUCCAACUCUCUCUCUCAAGUUUAAAAAAAAAAAGAAGAAGUUUUUAUG